AUGACUAGUUUACUUAAUAUUAAUUCCGAUGUUAAUUCAAUUAAUUCGUCCGUUUCCGAAGUCCAAUUAUCAGAUGAACAAAUUCAAGAAUAUAAAGACGUUCUUGAUUUGUUAGCGGAUGAAAAUGUUAUAGCUUAUGGAUAUCUUUUGGAGGAGACAAUUCGUUUGACGGAAGGUUUGGUCGAUCGUCAAAUUACGAAUGAAGUUGUGAUAAAUUUCGUUUCUAGAGCCGCCAUUCAUAUUUCCAACCGUCGAUGGAUUCAUUACGGAAAUUCAACUGCGCGGCUCGAACUUCACCUCCGCGCAAUAUCUUCCGCAUUACACAUCUUAAUUGCGAACGAAUACAGUGCAAUGAUUAAUACAGAUGUCCGUGAUACGCUUUAUAAAAGUGUAUCAAAAUUUUGGGCUGCUUAUCGUUCUUCAAAAGUUAUAAACGCGAAUAUCACGUUUUCCCUUCGUGAAAUUCGAACUUGCUUACGAAAGAUUAAGGAUGAUCAUAACCAUGUUAACAUUUUUGAUGUCACCUCUAACAUUGUAACUAAAGAAUAUUCGGCCGCUUUUGGGUCUUUUAUCAAUGUUUUGGACUUUGAAUACCCUGCUGGAGAGUGGUUUUAUGGUUGGAAAGAAAUACGAGUAGAAUUUCUCAAAUUACGUCAACAACUUUCGGAAAUUGAUGAAUCGGAAAAAUCGGGAAGGGUUACUGAAUUUUAUAAACUGCUACUUAAAUUAUCAACCGACGAAUUUGAAACAGUAAAGAAGAAAAACACAAAAUUUAGAAAUUUUGAAUAUAAGGUGCUUAAAUAUGGAGGGAGAAUUGCAGGGUGCUCGUUACCCGAUCAUAUCGAUACCCUUUUGAUCGGGUAUUUGGAUUUAAUUCAACGGAUGCUUACGGAAUUUGUUCCUCAAAUGAGUAUCCAUACUCAAGAAAUAAUUGGAUUUUGUAACGAAAUUUAUGAAUCUCACAUUAAAAAACAAUUGACUUGUAAAGCCGUAGAAGUUUUAUAUGUUACAAAGAAAUUCUACCGAGGUCGACAGGUCAAAAAUAUGAUUAAAGUGAAUUUUAAAUUUCGACGUCCCAACCUAAAACUUGACUCUUCAUCUCGUUUAAACCGAGAUUCUAUUCAACAAGACAAACCUCUCGCCACACCAACUUCGGCAAAUAUUUCAAUGGUAUCUCAAGAAAAACAAAAACGAAAAAAUCGAUUUCACUCCAUUCGUAAUGCUAUUGUAAUUAAAUCAAAUUUUCGUGAAAUUCCAACCAAA